GCCACGUCACCGCGGCUCCGCCAACUUUUCACUGAGCUUUGCAGCCGCAGCGGAAUUUACGCAGAUUGGAAAUCAUCGAUUUUACACGUGUUGACGUCGCCAACCAAGCGAGACGAUUUGGCGACGCAUUUUACGUCUCACAGCUUUGGAAGAAAAGAAAAAAAACCCGCAGUUUUAGCCAGUUUCUCUUUUAUUUAUUUGCCUCGCCGUUUCCGGCGGAGUUUCUGCACUUUACAGUUGUAGUCACAGUUUUACAGGGUGUUUUUUUUAAAAUUAUUAUUAUUAACGCGUAAGCGCAGCUUUUGUAGGUCAGAAUGAACAUCUUUCGCCUGGCGGGCGAUGUGUCACAUCUGGUGGCGAUCAUCAUUUUGUUUGCGAAGAUAUGGAAGUCGAAAUGCUGUGCUGGAAUUUCAGGGAAGUCUCAGGUGCUGUUUGCACUGGUCUUCACCACCAGGUACCUGGACCUGUUCACGUUCUUUAUCUCGGCCUACAACACAGUCAUGAAAAUGGUGUUCCUGUCCCUGUCUUAUGCCACUGUGUACCUGAUCUAUAUGCGCUUUAAGAAUACCUAUGAUUCAGAAAAUGACUCAUUCCGUGUGGAGUUCCUGCUGGUGCCUGUUGUUGGUCUGUCCUUCCUGGAAAACUACGCUUUCACUCCACUGGAGAUCCUAUGGACCUUCUCCAUCUUCCUGGAGGCAGUGGCCAUAAUGCCCCAGCUCUUCAUGAUCACCAAGACGGGCGAGGCAGAGUCCAUCACCACCCACUACCUGUUCUUCCUCGGUCUCUACCGAGCUCUCUACCUGGCCAACUGGGUGUGGCGUUACCACACCGAGGGCUUCUUUGACCAGAUUGCUGUGGUGUCCGGUGUGGUGCAGACCAUCUUCUACUGUGACUUCUUCUACCUUUACUUCACAAGGGUGCUUCGAGGAAAUGGUAAGAUGGGCCUGCCCAUGCCUGUUUAAAGAGUCCUUUCAAACAGCUACUACUCUGGACCGUCUGCAGUUCAGCCGUCGAACAGCUAUCUUGCUCCUCAACUGUAUUUUGCAACGGGACUAACGGUCUGUGACAGUAAUGAGUAGACCAAAUCGAGGGUACCUCCGGAGGAUGAAUUCCUGAUGGCAUGUGUGUUGGUGUGAUUUAUGUGUGUAUCAAUGUGUUUGUGUAAGCCUGCAGGUGUGUGCGCUCACAGACACACCAACGUGCUUGCAUGCGUGCAUACUUUGGCUGUUGCAGUCAAGAACUUGCCAUGUGUGUUUUUGGGGUUGUCUCUUUCUGUAGGUUUCAUAUUCGACACAUUAGGGUUUCGACAUUAGAAUUUUGUGCUUGUUGUGUAACUUGUAUUCAUAUGAUUCUUUGAUACUGUGGGAAUUGUGCAUUCGUUCUUUCUGUACUUUUCCUUAAAGUUGCUGAGGUAGACUGUCCUCCUAGAGACAACCAGAUGCGGUUUGUGUCUUUUUUUUUCAACAUUUUUACUUUGUUGGAUCCACAAACUGUGAGUAUGGUUGGUUGAAGGAUAUUGUACACACUCAGGUAGUCACAAGUGUUUAGUAAGUUUUCCUGUAAGUAACCCAAGUUGCAGAGAUCCUUGUGAUAUAAUGAUUCCUACAUUAAGGCUAUGGGGGGGGGGUGCCCAGAGUUACAGAUUUAAAUCUCUAACCCUGGGCACUCGGAUUAGUGUUCUGAUCAGCAUGCACACAGAUUUGACAAAAAAAAAAAAUGUCCAAAGACUUUCCAUGUUCUGUUAUCCAUAUGUGGAAACUGUCCAAGAAGAAGCCUGUGAACGAUGGUGGGCCGCAGUUUUUGGUUAAAGAAACACUUGUAUAAUAUAAGUGUAAAUUUGUAGCUCGAAUCUUUUUCCAAGAAAUGUUUGUCUUCUUUGUCUCUGUAAUGUCACAGACUCUACACGAAUUGUAUUCUAUUGCAAAUUUUCCUCUUUUAAUACCAAGAAUGUUUUUUGUAUUUGAUCCCUCUUUAUUUUUAUUUUUAUGAGAUUAGAAAGGGCUAAAUAUUUGGUCAGUUCCCAAAUGAAACCAAAGAUGCAACGGAUGAAUGCUAAAGAGUUGUGGUAAAGCAAAUGUUCAAGCUAGUUGAUGCUAUCCACUUUAUAUGACAGUCUAAAUCUUUUAAUGGGCCAAAAGGUGAGGAAAUAUAAUAAUGUAAUGUGAUUUGUGAUAAAGUAACAUAUUUUUCAUAUACAUGGACAAUGAUGGUACAUUUAUGUUGUGCAGCAACUUACUGACAUGAACUUUGCCAUUAUAAGGGAGUUGUGUCUAUACAA